AUGAAGUUCGGGACUACCUUGGGCAAUGCCGUGUACGAGCCAUGGAGGGAGUCGUACAUUGACUACGCCAAGCUCAAGAAGCUGCUGAGAGAGGACGACUCGAGCAGAAAGGACGACGCCUGGACUGACGAGGAUGCCCAAGCCUUCUACGCCGAACUCGUCAACUCGCAGCUGGAGAAGGUCACCUCCUUCCACAAGUCGACCUACCAGAAGCUGCGCGACCGCACUGCCAAAUGCGAGUCCAAGCUGGACCCUGUCGCCAAAGCCGUCCAGGACAAUGACACGCCCGCAAACCAUGACCCACCUGCAUCCUAUGCUGCUGCUGCAAAGAAGCCCUCGCCCUCGGACGGCGAGAGGAAGCGUAUCCUGAAGGACGUCAUUGAAGAGCUGGACAAGAUCACAAAGGACAUCAACCAACUGGAAAAGUACAGCCGCAUCAACUACACUGGCUUCCUCAAGAUUGCAAAGAAGCAUGACCGCAAGAGAGGUGGCCGCGUCUCGAGCAUCCGUCCUCUGGUCAAGUCCAGGAUGGCUGACGUUCCCUUCAACAACGAGGACUACUCACCCCUACUCUACCGUCUCUCGGCCAUGUACUCGUUCGCUCGCCAGAACCUCGAGGGCCAGGACCGUCCCCUCUCGCUCGUCGAGUCCAUUGCUGCCGAGGAGAGCUACAUCACCCACAAGUUCUGGGUCCACAUGGACAACCUUCUCGAAGUCAAGACCGUCAUCCUCCGUCGUCUGCCCGUCCUCGUCUACAACCCUCAGACCGAGAAGAUUGCCGACGGCUCCCAGCAAGACCCCUCCAUCACCUCAAUCUACUUUGACAACCCCGACUUCACCCUCUACUCUAACAAGGUCGAGCACAAGACCGACGCUUCCAACCUCCGUCUGAGAUGGUAUGGCAAGCUAUCGCAAAAGCCGGAGAUUAUGCUCGAGAAGAAGACUGUCAAGACAGAGAACACUAGCGCCGACGAGAGGUUCCCCAUCAAGGACAAGUACAUCCAGCCGUUCAUCCGUGGAGACUAUCACAUGGAAAAGGCCAUCGAGAAGCGCUCAUCUCGUUAUGGCGAAGAGGCACUCGAGUCUUUCAAGAAGGGCGUCAACGACAUCCAGUCUUUCAUCAAGGAAUACGACUUGCAGCCCGUCAUCCGUGCAAACUACACCCGCACCGCCUUCCAGAUUCCUGGCGAUGACAGAGUCAGGAUCUCCAUUGACACAAACCUGGCCUUCAUCAGAGAAGACGCCAUUGAUGCCGACCGCCCCUGUCGCGACCCCGAAGACUGGCACCGCAGAGACAUUGACGAUGCAGAGAUGGAGUGGCCCUUCAAGUCCAUCCGCAAGGGUGAACUCGCCACCUUCCCUCAUGCAGUCCUCGAGAUCAAGGUCAAGAACGACAAGCAUUACGAAUGGAUCGACGAUCUCAUGAACUCGCAUCUUGUCAAGGAAGCUGCCAAGUUCUCCAAGUUCGUGCAUGGUGUUGCUUCCCUCUUCGAAGACAACGUCAACACCUUGCCCUUCUGGCUUUCGACCUUGGAGGAGGACAUCCGUCAAGACCCCGAGGUGGCUUUCGAGAAGGAGCAGGCCAAAAAGCAGAAGCAACAGGAAGAUGAGCUCGCCGUGGGCAGCUUGAUGAAGAGCAAGAGCCACUCUUCCUACAAGCCUGGUGGCAUCUCACCUGUCGGCUCGCCCACCGACAAAACAGGCAGCUACCUUGACCGCCGCGCCUCCCGCCAGAGUGCCAUGAUGAAAGGCAACGGCCAAUCUCUCGGCAGCGUCGCCCGCUCCCAACCUACCGGCAUGACUGCUGUAGCCGAUGAACCCGACUCUGACGACGACGGCCGUCAAGCACCCCUCACCGAUGUGCCUCAGGCUACCACCCAGUCUGGCCUGCAAACCCUGUUCCCCUCCUUCAGCACCUCCAAGUACGCACGCAAUCGCCGUGACCGCGAUCAGCCCCUGCCUCCGGGCGUCCAAAAACCAGAUUACUGGAUCAAAGACCAAGGGCCCGUAAAGGUAGAAGCAAAGGUGUGGCUCGCCAACCAACGCACCUUUAUCAAAUGGCAGCACAUUACCGUCUUGCUCGCUUCCCUCUCACUCGGCCUUUUCAACGCAGCAGGCGAGACCAACAAUGUUGCAAGGGCAUUGGCGCUGGUGUAUACACUUGCUGCAGUGUUCACUGGCGUUUGGGGAUGGGGUGUCUACCAGUGGCGAUCGAGGUUGAUCGAGCAGAGAUCAGGUAAAGACUUUGAUGCACUGACUGGCCCGGUGGUUGUUUGUGUGGGACUGUUUGUGGCGCUGAUUCUGAACUUUGUGUUCAAGUAUCAGGAGAUGAGGCAUAAUGCUGAGCAUCACCAUGGUCACCACCACAACCAGACACAUUCGGUGUUUGGCGGUAUGGAUGAGUUGAAGUAG